AUGCAAAAUAUUAAAAAGGUAAUUAGCUUAGCUAAUCUUAGAGUAAAUAUAGAUUGAAAGAUGUGAUUGAAGGUAAGACAAGUAAUGAUGAAAAAUCUGCUUAAAAAUUUGUUUAAUUUUCCCAUAUUAAAAAAAAUGUUUCAGAAUUUAACGAAUUGAAAUCAACUCUUCAAGAUCGUAAAGUCACCUUUGCUAAAUUUGCAUUUCGAUAAUAAGAAUUAAUUGAUGAUAAGAAACUUGGUCCUGUAUUAAAAGGAAUAUGUACAAGAACAAGAAUAGGAUCUAUGUAAAUUACAGAAUUAAUACCAAAAUUUGAUCUUUAUAAAUAUCUCAAAUAAGCCCAGUAAUAAUAUUAACUUAAAAAAGUUUAGAACCUUCCAAAAGAGUUCUAAGAAGAUAUGCUCAUUGGGAAUGGGAUUAAGAACAAGAAGAAAAGAAAGAAGUACCUCCUUCAUAUAAAUUUACUUCAAAAACUGAGUUUGAGUAUAAAAAGAAAUUAGAAAUGAAGGAUGCUGAAAAAAGAUUAAGAAAAGAUAUUAUUAAGAAAUGGGCUUCAAGUCUACCAGAUGUUGCUGGAUUGACAGCAUUUGGUAAAUAAUUUACUAUGUAAUCAUCUCCAUUAAGGAGUACAAAGAGUACAUUAUCUAAAACUCAUAAUCAUUUCAGUCCAAAUCCAAGGAGUGAAUCACUUUUAUUUGUUUCAAGUCUAAUUCAUGAAUUAGAUGAAAUUAAAUAAGAUAACUUAAAUAUAAGAAAGUAUAUUUUAAAUUUAAUUAUAGAAAAUUAAGAGGAACACAAUAAAACUUAUAAAAAAUUAUUGAAAAAUAAUAAUAAUAAAAAGUAGCUAAUAUGGAAAUUAAUGGAGAAUGA